AUGGUAGAAGUUCGUGUUCAUUGUGUUAGUAUUAAUUUUCGUGAUGUACUUGAAUCGCGUGGUCUUUAUCCAUAUAUACGUACUUUUGCACAAUCUGAUGAAAAUCAACCAAAAGUUAAUCGAGAUACAGAAUCAGGUUCAGAUUUUGUUAGGACUAUUGUACGUGCAUGUCUUAAAACUAACUUUCAAGUUAAUGAUCAUGUUGUAGAUGUUACUAGUGAUGGUACAUAUCAUUCUCAUAUUAUUAUUAAUUCACUACUUAUAAUACGUAUUUCAUCUGAUUUUCCUCUUACUGAUGAACAAUUAUGUGGUCUACCAUGUUCAAUUUUAACAGUUACCUAUUCUCUUAAAUAUCGUGUUUAUUUACAACCUAAUCAAACUGUUCUUAUUCAUGCUGCAACAGGUGUUGCAGGUCAACUGUGUACUCAAUAUCGCCAAUAUAUUGGUGUUCGUGUUAUUGCUAUAAAUAGAACUGAAGAAAAACGAUGUUUUCUUCAUGAAUAUUAUGGCAUUGAACAUGUAUUCAAUAGUCGAGAUACUUCUUUCGUUAAUCAAAUACGUGAAAUUCUUCCACAAGGUGUUGAUGUUAUUAUUAAUUCAUUAUCGAGCAAUUUACUAAAAGAAUCAAUUAAAUUAUUAUCAUAUCAUAGUCAUUUCGUUGAAUAG